GGUUGGUCAGUGAAGCCCCAGCCUCCUUCCCUCACCGUCUCCGCCCACCAUGUCACUCCCUGGGCAAUCCCCAUACGUCGUCCGCUUCUACCGUCUCCUCGAGCUCCUUCGACACGAACGCGACCUGGAACCCCGUCUCCUCCCCCACGAUCUGACUGCCUGGCUGGCCUGGGCCCAUGGAAGCCGUUGGCUAUUGCGCAUGCUGUUCGAGUCUCGUAGCAUCGCCGUAGCCUCCGGGGAUAUCUCUCUCCCUUCCGUCCGCCAGACACCAUCCGUGCACGCCCUGAUAGUGUACCUCGACACCAUCUUCGCCACCCUUCCUUCCGAGCACGCGUCGUCUCUUCCCGAGCCAUACCCCGUCAUCGCCUGGUCGCCUAACCGCGUCCUCGCCGAGCAGAGCAUUGCUGAGGAAGGUGCUCCACUCCCGGCCAUUUCCUAUCGCAACAGUCCGCUCGCUUUAUCGAACCAGCGCGCUUCUUCCGUCGGAUGGGACGUCGUCACCGACCAGCUGGAAGCUCUUAGUGAUGCUCAGUGUUCGACCACCGACGCCCUUGACCAGCUCGAUGGUGGGCUAGCCACGCUCUCUGCCGCGGUCCAAGGUAUUCAAGACCAGCUGUCACACGGGCUGUACCUUCCGGACGAUUAUUCCGGAAUUCCUCGUCGUUUAGUCUUCGCCACGUCUAGGGGUUCGAUGGCUCUUAAUCCACGCCCCAUGGGCUUCACGCGUAGCGUUGCUGAUGCUGCUGCUGACCGAGAGGCUGGAGGGUCCGGAAGGAACGGGGACGGAGGGAACACCGUGGGCCAUGCCCACAACGCGCAGGGAUUUCAUUGGCCAGAAGAAGAGAAGCUAUUCGAACAUAUCCUCCACCUCAAUGAGAACACACUUGCCUUUAAGGAAUCACAAUGUGGAACAUUCAAAGAGGAUUAUUUCACACCGUACAUCAUUCUGGUCGUCCCGCACGAGCCAUGGGAAUAUGCAAACAUUCCCAUUCCGCCUGGCAUCAAGGAAAAGGUCAUUGCACUACUCAAGGAGAAGAUCUCGGCUGGUGUAUACGAGCCUAGCCAGGCGUAA